UUAGUGAAUCUAGCGAAGAAACCUUCAUGUCCGCUGGUGCUCGACGGUGUUCGCGAAGUGGGGGCUAUUUGCCAAAAAAUGGAAGAUGAUACGUCGUCGUCGGGUCCCACAGCUAGAACUGUGGCCUUCAACGAGUAUCUGUACGACAGCCUGGACAAUACUACUUUCGGACAGCAGAUAUUCUCGACGAAAGACGGCAUUUUUGACGACUCCGGCGACGGCCAAACCGCUGCCGAGGACCUGGGAAUCUUCUGUGAAGAAGACCACGAGAACGAAAAUGCGGGGUACAUACAGCACACAAUAUCGGCUGACCAGAUCUGCAUGCAGAUCAACCCAGGCAACAGCCCGAUGCCAAAGAACCCAACCCAUGCCACGCUGACUAUCCAAAGCCUGAACCAAGAGACUCGAAAACGUGAAAUCAAACGCUUCCGGUGCAACUACGAGGGCUGCAAGCGCACCUACAGCACUGCAGGCAACCUUAAAACGCACCAGAAAACUCAUACUGGGGAGUACACGUUCGUGUGCACGCAAGAAGGUUGUGGCAAGGCAUUUCUCACCUCGUAUCGUCUCAAGAUCCACUUCCGGGUACACACAAAUGAACGGCCAUAUGAAUGCCACAUCUCUGGCUGUGAAAAGACCUUCAACACACUCUACAGGCUGAAGGCCCACCAGCGGAUCCAUACGGGAGAGACGUUUAACUGUGGCCAGGACGGCUGUGUGAAAAUCUUCACCACCCUGAGCGACCUCAAGAAACAUACUCGCACUCACACCGGUGAAAAGCCUUACAGGUGCGACACAGAUGGGUGUGGGAAGUCAUUUGCAGCUAGUCAUCACCUGAAAACCCACAUUAGGACCCACACAGGAGAGAGGCCCUACCUCUGCACACAAGAUGGGUGUCUGAAGACGUUCACAACUCAGUACAGCCUAAAGACUCAUGUGGCAAGGCAUGACAGGAUACAGGGUGACGAGGAUCAGGUAGUGACGUUUCACCUUGACGGCUUGGACGUUGACCUCGACGACCCCUUGGAAGGAUCUGUCGACUGUGACGUGGAUGAGGGUACGGCCCACAUGCUUCUCAACACCAUGGUGGGUACAACAGCAGCCGAGCAAAGUCCUGGCAGCACUGGGCUAGUCAGUGUUCCCAUUCAGGAAGUUGACGGAAGCAGCUCAGCACUUCGAGCCUAUGCCAUGAUACCCCUGGACAUUGUGAGUGGUGCGUCGGGACAAAAUGAUGUGUCACCCAAGGUUGCGCAAGUGCUGCUGCCACGGACAUUCACCGUCGACUUGGCGCCGCAAGUCGUCAAGCCGGAAGCAACGGUGGCAGCUGGCGACAUGACAUCGGACGUGGAAGUUGUGUUGCCAGCGGUGGUGCCCACUGCUGUGUCACCGGAAUCGGUUCAUGUGGACGAUCUUGACAUCCUGGGCAUCUCCGCGUCACAGGCCGACAUAUGCAACUGCCCAGACAAACAAGCAUGUGAAACUGGGGAGUGCAGAAACUGCCCCAGCAAAGUGGUCAGCAUCUGUUGUUCCUCGGACAUUCUCGCCGACACUCAAGGGGAAGACGGUAUGGGUGUGCCUGGCAGUGCUGCCGAAGGUUUGACGGAGCGGGCCGGCCAUCGGGCUUGCUGCUUAUAACACCGGCUUUUUUUUUGUUUGUGCUACUGGUUCCGGGACUUAAAGAGACAAAAGAUAGCAACUCUGGCAGUGAACAUGUUUGCAGGAGCAUUUGCCUUGCCUUGCUGGGCAGACAAACCCAAAGGAGCUAGUUGGGUUGCCUGAGCUGUACAGCACCAGUUCAGUUCACCGGCACCCUGCCAAUUUUCAUAUAAUGUUGGUUGAUUCAAAGUAGAGUAAGGAUAAUGCUUUGGUGGCUUUUUUUUUAUUGUGCCUGAUGGUAGCGUCAGUUGCUCUCUCCAGCUAUUGUGAAAGCUUGGUUCUGGUGCCUUCUUUGUGGAAGCCUAGACAAGUACCUGCAACGAGUUGUGGGUACUACGAAUACCUUUCGGUAUUGUGAUAGAAUGUUCCCUUCCUAGGGUCAACCCUUUGGUACCUACUCCUGUUUAGAACGUGCGCGUUUCGACAGACAUGAUCAUUAGCGAGCCGAAACGCUUUUACUUUGAGCAGGCACCCGUUAGGAAGCACUGGUGGGGUGCAAGUUCAAGACUCGUAGGUUUUCUACUAUCUCCGAUUGAGGCUUGUUGUGUAACUGUCUUGGCUUGGGCUAAGACUAUGUGCCCCCUCCAUCCAUUUAGACGGCACAACUAGUUCGGGGCAUCCGUUAAUUGAGCACUGGCUUAAUGAAAUAAAAAUCUUGUGUGCUCAAUGUGCUUACGAUAGGGAAUGAUGAACUUAUGACUUAUGCUCAAAUAGGCUCGUUUUUAAAAGACUAAUGGAUAGCGCUGUUAUUAACACUUCUUGUCGUUUAUUCUAUACUUGCGACUGAGUUCUUUUGUGGUGCUGAUGGCUGAGAGAGACUAGUUCUUGGCAUAGUCACUUGUUUUGUGGGUAUAAUGUAGCUUGAGUGUGUCGGGCUUUGGAGGUGCUGACUAACAGAUUAGUAGGCUUUUGGCUUGAGAGUUACUGCCAGAAAUGGAUCGAGAUGCAGCUCCUCACAUGCAGUUUUGUAUUAGGUUGGAGACUGCUUCUUCAGUAAGUAAGGUGCAUUAAGUGCACAGCUCUCUGGGCAUUAAGUUUUUCUUUUUGUCCCUUCAGUUUUUUUUUUAUUACUGCUCUAACUAUCUGAAGGGAAUGUUGAAAGCUUGUUGAGCAAGUGGAGGCUGCACAUCCAGCAUGCUGUUUUCUACCUGUGAAAUUUAUUUGAAUUACCUUUUAGAUGUGUCGUCUAUGCCUGCAAAGCUCUUUUGCUUGCAAACCUUAUACUGUUCUUAAUGCUUUCGGCUUCGUCACGAACCUGCCCAAAUCCUGAGGACACAUUUUACAGUGGGCUAUGCUUGCACACAUUUUCUCUUUCCCUCUCCCCCCUCCCUUCUUUAAAACUUUUGUGGGAGAAAGUUUUAAAUCACCGAAAAAAAAAUGCAGGCUUAACAACAUUUUAAGAAACAGCAUUGAUAUCUGCAUUGAAUAGCAUUGAUAUCAGCUUGAAACAGCAUGCCGGAAGAUGUGUCACUGCCGAACGCUUUACAGUUUAUCAUGCAACGCGAGAUAUUUCACAGAAAGUAGGCAUCGUAGAGCAGUAGUCGAUAUCAUUCCGAAGAUUGUUUGUUUCUAAAGCGCUAUGUAUACAGAGUAUUGCAAAGUAUAUAUAAAGCCACACAUAAUGCUAUUGAAAGAGAAAAGUACUUGAAUAUGACUUCAUGUGAUGACUGCACCUAUUGUGAAUUUUCAAAAGUGUAGCUAGCUGAGCAGUGCUCUCGAGCAGUGUGCAGUGUCAGUGUCCUAGUACGUUCCGCUGUGAUAGUGGCUGGGGUCCCUUGAUUUGUAAGCUGCUCGGUAUCGUUAAUCAAGUCGCUAAAUCUUCGACUAUCAAGUGCUUGUGUUGAGAGGCCUUAGUCACUUAUUUUUU